CAGCGGUAAAUCCAAAACCUUUACUGAUGUCCGACUAUUUUCUUGGGUUAUAGAAUUGUAGCAGCCCACUAAUCUAAUUUGUGUGAUUUAUAAAGACAUUGAGCUAAAAACCCACAAUGGCAGACCAUAAUGAGCUGUCUGAUGGAGAGGACGACCCUACAGAGACCUUUGAUGACAUUACUCAAAAUGAAAUGGAGUCCAUUGUGAGAAAAGAUCUCUUUGAAAAUAUUGAUGAAAUGACCACCCCUAUGAAGAUGACCAGAACCAGUGUGGAACAUUCCAGGGAACACAUGAAAGUCUAUCUUAGGGUGAGACCAUUUACAGACAAGGAGGUGAAUGGAGGUGAAUCUCAGGAAUGUAUGAACAUAGAGGACAUGUCCACCCUAAUGAUGCGAGCUCCUAAAGAUAGUUUUAUGUUUAAAAACAACACUCGCAUGCAUGGAGAAAUGUCACAUAAAUUUACAUUUACCAACAUUUUUGGCGAAGACACAACUCAGAAGAAAUUCUUUGAUGAGACUAUGCUGGGAUUGGUCAAAGAUUUUGUUGAUGGCCAAAAUUGUUUGGUAUUCACAUAUGGGGUUACCAACGCCGGAAAGACCUAUACUAUCCAGGGCAGUCCACAAGAUGGCGGUAUUUUACCAAGAUCUUUAGAUGUUAUCUUUAAUAGUAUUGAAGGCAGGCAGUACCAAUGCCUUAACCUGAAACCAAGGUACUUCUCUGAUGUGGUAAAACUCACUGAGAAGCAACAGCAGAAAGAGGAACAAAUUAAGACUAGUACUCUUCAUCUGGCUGAUGUCAUCAGUAGCAAACAUGAUGGUGGGAGUAAUAACACUGAGGGUUGUGAAUCUGAUGUGUCAACUACAUCCAGGGUAUCCACUAUAACUAUUGCAGAUGAUACUAUUAAUAGCACAUGUACAAACUCAUCUCAAGAUGCUAUUAACAGUAUCAUGGAUGAAAUCCAUUCGCGUAUUCCUGAUGACACGUCUAUUGAUGUGGAAGCACAGGGACCAGUGAAAUUCUCAGUCUGGGUAUCCUUUGCUGAAAUUUAUAAUGAGUACAUAUAUGAUCUACUGCAACCCAUGCCAAAAGAAAAAAAAGCAAGACGCCCUCCUUUAAAGUUGUCAGAAGACAAGAAAGGCAGUAUUUACAUUCGAGGACUGAAAGAGAUUCAAGUGACCAGUGCUGAUGAAGCUUAUAAGGUGCUUACAAUUGGACAGAAGAAUUUACAGAUUGCUUCCACCAAGUUGAACCAUUGCUCCAGUAGAAGUCACUGUAUCUUUAGCAUCAAAGUGUUAAGAGUGGUUGAUGUCAGUGAACCCCAUGUGGCAAGAGUCAGCAAAUUAUCUUUCUGUGACUUAGCUGGCUCUGAACGUUACACCAAGACUCAGAACACUGGGGACCGAUUAAAGGAAGCUGGAAAUAUCAAUACUUCUUUGCUAUCAUUAGGAAAGUGUAUUGCAACAUUAAGAUAUAAUCAAAACCAUCCAAAAGCUCAUCCAAAGAUCAUACCAUUCAGAGAAAGCAAAUUGACUAGGUUGUUUCAGAGUUUCUUUAUGGGUAAAGGCAAAGCCUCCAUGAUUGUCAAUGUUAACCAGUGUGCAUCAGUAUUUGAUGAGACAAUGCACGUUUUGAAAUUCUCUGCCAUUGCAAAACAGGUAACUACCGUGACCUCGAAAUUGGACAAUAAAUGGAAAGAAGUUCAUAUCCCAAAGCCUGCUUCUGCUCGUAAUGUUUCCUUGGCUGUUAAUCAGGGCCCAUUGAGAAAUCGUGCUACGAUUGCCUGGGCAACCCCAUCACGUGAUGCACCAGCCGUGGUAAUUGAGGAAUUGGAGGAAGAAGAAGACAAUGACGUUGCAGUGGAAGAAAUUAUUGUUGACGACGACGAUGAUGAGGAUGAUAAAAAUGAGGAAGAUGAAAAGGUUCUGCAAUAUAUGAGGCUGAUUGAAUCAUUGAAGAAACAGCUGAUAGAGUCUCGACAGAAAAUGGUGAUCAUGGAAGCCACUGUUAGAGAAGAAGUAUGUCGUGAAAUGGCUGAACAGCUGGUAGAAAUAGAGUCUAACUACAGUGAAAGACUGAAAGAAGAGAGGUUGAUUGCAGAAGAAAAAUGUGACAAGCGAAUUGAAAUUUACACUCAGUCUGUGCAGAAAUCACGUAAACGUGCAAGAAUUGAGAAAGUGGAAGAUGAGGAAGACCAAUAUGUAUCUAGUGUGUUACUGCAUGCAGAACAGGUCAAAGUACAGGAGAGAGACUGUAAAAUAACAGAAUUGAACACCCUUGUUGCUGCUUUAAAGGCUGAUAUAUCAGAGCUGAAGCAGAGACCGGUAACCAGUUCUGUUGCGACUCAAGCUGUUAUCGAACCUCAACCGAUGAUUGUCUCUCAGUCUGGGUGUGCAAGUGCUAAUACCCAAACAGACAGUGGACAAACUGAAGGAGUUUCUGAAGAUAGCGUACAGCUUAGUGACAUUCAAAAACUGAAGGAGACAAUCACAUCUCAACAGAAAGAGAUCACUGAACUUCAGGAGAUGCUAAGUGAAGCCGGGGAUACUUUCCAUCAACAGAACAAUGAGAUAGAGAAAUCAAAAGAUGCUAUCACAGAAUACGAAGACAAAAUGAGAAUGCAGGAUGAUGCUAUCAAACAGUUAGAGCAUCAAUUGGAAGCCAACACUAAGUUGGUAGAAGAAGCCCAAAGAAAACUACAAAAUAGAGAUGAGUAUAUUAAAGAACUUGAAUCUAACAUGGCUACUAUGAAAGAAUAUACUGAUUGUACCAGCACAGAGCUGAAAAACAAGCUAACCACACUGCAAAAUGCCUUUGAGGAGGCUCAGACACUUUUGAAAGAGAAGACAGUUGAAGUUGAAACUCUACAAAAUAAGCUAUCAAGUGUAGACAUUAGUGAAGAUGCACAAAAGGCUACAGACGAGUUAAAAAAUAAGAUCUGUAAAUUGGAGUUGAACUUGAAAAAAGCGCAAGAAAGCAUCAAGGAACAUGAGAUGGUGUUGCCUAGUUCGGAUACAACUGCUAUAUUUGAGUAUCACGAAAUCCAAAUCAAAGUUGAGCAGCUGGAGGAGAACCUGAAGAACUCUUCAAUAAAAGAGAGUAAGUAUCAAAGUGAAAUUGAGAUGAUGAAAGCCGAAAAAGAGGAAACCCUUAAAGAGUGGGAGUCCAAAGUAGAAUCUUUUCAAGAAGAGAUUGAGGCUGCUAACAGCAAGGCUAGAAAUUUCGAAGAACAGACAAAAGCAUCUGAAGUGGAAGUCGCAAAGCUCAUGAAGGAUGUGGAAAUUUCGGAUGGGAAAUGUAAUGAUUUGCAAGAAGAGAUAUCAAUUUUGAACAAAAACUUUAUCACAGCUAAAGAUUUACAUGAACAGACUGUGAAAGAGUGGACAGAAAAGUUUGAGGAAUUGGAGAAAAAUUUUGAACUAGCUAACAACAAAGCCAGUGAGCUGGAAGAACAGGCUACAAAGUCAGAUGAUUCAAAGUCAGUUGAAGUUGCUAAGCUGAAAGAAGAUAAAAGUAAACUUGAACAGCAAAUUUCUCAGUUGAAAUUCAAGAUUGAUGAUGAUGAGAAGAAGGUUAAGAAGUUAGAAUCCACUGUCCAUGAUUUUGAAACUGCUCUAAGUGACAAUGAGAGUUUCCUGGAACAACUAAAUAAGGAGGUUAAAGAGCUGAAGAAGAAGUUGGAUCAUGAGAAGAAUGACCUAGAACAUGAGAAAAAAGAACAUCUGGAAGUUAAAGCUGAUGUGAAAGUUCUGCAAAGUCGCAUCAACCAGUUAGUAAAGAAUGUGAGUGAGAUACAAGAUGAGAAGGCUCAAAGUGAAGGAAAGGUUGACGAGCUAAGCCAUCAACUAAAGAAGCUAGAGGAGGUGAAGGAAGGUCUGCAGUUGAGGACAGAAGAAUUGCAGAUGGAAGUUGAAGGUUAUCAGGAAAAAUUGGCACAGAAAGAAAGUGAUCUUGCUGGUUCAGUAAACCAGCUUGUUCAGGCAGAGUCUGAAGACUGCGCUAUUGAAGAUGAACUACAGAAGGUUAAAGAUCAGUUUGAAAGUUUGAUGAAGACAUCUGCUGAAGAUCUUGAAGAAAUUCAGAAAGAAGUUGUUGCCCGUGCUGAGAAAAUUGAGGAUAUUGAAAGAUUGCUUGACGAGGCAACUUUACAAAAAGAAAACUUGCAGGAUGAUUUAAAAAACACAAAAGAGGAAUUGAAGGCAUCUCAAGACAGAGUGAGUGUGUGCGAGAGAGAGAUCAAGAAGUUAGAACAAGACCUUCAUGAUGUGCAUUCUUCAGAAGAGGUACUUCUUGAGAAAACAAGGAAAAUGAAUCAACUAGAAUGCUCUAUUGAGGUGGCUGAAUCGCUGGUUUCAGAUCUCAAGAAGGAGUUAGCAGAAGUUAAAUUAAAUCAGACUAGUUCAGAAGAAAAAGUGACCAAAUAUGAAGCUGAAAUUACAGAUUUGCAAAAACAAGUGAAAAAUUUAGAAAACGUGAUUAAAGAUGAAGAAAUAAAAAAGAAUGAUCUGAAGAACAGUCUGGAGUCAACUGAAACUAAAGCCAAGAAAAUGGAAAAUGCGUCCGUAGAGAAAGAGGAGAAAUUGGAAAGGUUGGAGAAUGAACUGGAACAGCUUAAAAAACGAGAAGCAGCCCUGCUGUCUGAAAGUGAACACCUUAAAGAUGAAGAAAAGGAACUACAACAGUUAAAGAUUAAGGAUUCUGAAUUGAAAAGAGAAGUGAAGAUAUUGACUAAAAAUCUGAAGAAGGCUGAGGAGAAGGCCAGUGCUUUGGAACAUGAGGUCAAACAGUUGCAGGAACAGGUGAAACAAGUUGAAUCUCAAGUGGAAGAGACAAAGAAAAGUGCUGAAAAACAACAGAAAGAUUUCAAGAUGAAUUCAGAAGAAAGGGGCAUCAAAUAUGAAGCUGAAAUUACAGAUCUGCAAAAACAAUUGAAAGAUUUAGAAAACAUGAUUAAAGAUGAAGAAAUAAAGAAGAAUGAUCUGAAAAACAGUCUGGAGUCAACUGAAGCUAAAGCCAAGAGAAUGGAAGAUGCGUCCAUAGAGAAAGAGGAGAAAUUGGAAAGGUUUGAAAAUGAACUGGAACAGCUUAAAAAACGAGAAGCAGCCCUGCUGUCUGAAAGUGAACACCUUAAAGAUGAAGAAAAGGAACUAAAACAGUUAAAGAUUAAGGAUUCUGAAUUGAAGAGAGAAGUGAAGAUAUUGACUAAAAAUUUGAAGAAGGCUGAGGAGAAGGCCAGUGCUUUGGAACAUGAGGUCAAACAGUUGCAGGGACAGGUGAAACAAGUUGAAUCUCAAGUGGAAGAGGCAAAGAAAAGUGCUGAGAAAGAACAGAAGGAUUUCAAGAUGAGAGAGUCUCAGUACAAGAAGGAUUUAAAAUCUUCUAAAGAAAAGAUAGUGAAGUUUGAAGAAGGUAUGGAGUCCAGGAAAAACAGUUGCCUGGUGCUAGAAAAGGAGAUUGAGAACUUGAAAGAGCUAGAGUUGAAAAUUAAAACUGAACUUGCCGUUGUGAAAAAAGAAAAGGAUACAGCCGAGGCUAAGGUGCAGCAGAUGAAGGAACAAGUAGAGGAAAGUGAUAGAGAUUAUGAAAAGAAGUGCGAGAACAAUCUGUUGAAAAUGAAAGAUUUGGAGCAAAGAUUGGCUGUUGUAACGGAAGAAGUGUGUUGUUUGAAGAGUACUUUGGAGCAACGUGAGGAAUCCAAUAUUCAGCUGAAAGCUGAACUUGAAGAGAAAAACCAUAAACUUGAAUGUCUGACAUUGCAGACAGAAGGGGCCACAACUGAGUUUGAUCAACUGUCUAACAAGUGUGCAGUGAUGGAGACUCAACUUACAGCCUUACAAGAGAAGCUGGCUGCAACAUCUGAAGAAAAGUUGAAAAUGAAAAAGGACUUGGAUGAUACGAGUCAGAAGUUUGCUCAAGAAAAUAUAGUUAAGGAUGGUCGGAUCAACCAAUUAGAAAAGGAUUUGGAGAAAUCUAGUGUCUCUGUUAAAAAUCUGGAUGAACUCUGUAAAGAUCUAGACAAUGCAAAUGAAAGAGAAAAGGAAAUAAGGAAAGAAAACCAGAAUUUAUGUGAAAUAAUGAAAGAGCGAAAUGCUACUAUUGAUAAACAUCUUGCUACCAUAGAAACAUUGAAAGAUGAAAUUGAGAAGUUGGAGAAACUUCAAAAAGAUGUUAAAAUGUAUGAAGACAACAAAGAUGUGAUCGAAAAAUUGCAGGGUGAAUCAACUAGUCAGAAGACUAAAAUUGAAGAAUUGGAGAAAAGUUUGGAAGAGAAAGAAACUAAAGUGAAGAGUAAAACUGUUACCAUAAGAAAACUGAUGAAUAAGAUUGAAGAACUGAGUAAAACAUGUGAUAAUCAUUGUAAUGCAUUAGACAUUGCUCAUACUGAUGUUACAAAGAAUGAGAAAUUGAUAGAAUCUCUGAAAAUAGCUAUGGAAGAACAGGAAUCUACAAUGGAUCAGCAGGAUACUGUCUUGAAUGAAAAGGAAAAGCAAUUUUCAAAAUUAGCUGUUGAUUUUGAUGAACUGCAGGACAAGUAUUCCAGUCUUUUCAAAUCAUCCAGUGAACAGAAACGCUCCAUGAGGAAAAUUGAAAUUGAAGUUGAGAAACUUAAAACAGAGAAUGAGAAACUGAAAAGUAGUGCUGAAGACAUGGUGCAGGCAAAGGGAGAGGAGUUGAAAAAAUGGCGAGAGGAAAGAGACGACUUGGUAAGCGCUUUAGAGAAGGAAAUGAAGUUACUUUUACAGAAAGAUAAAAAAAGUCAGGAGUUGUUAGAAGAAAAGGAGGCCUACAUUAAAGAGCUUGUUGCUCAGUUAGAGAAAGAAUCAGCUGGAAAGUUGACUGAUGAUGAGUCUGAAACGAUUGAGGAGUUGGAGUCCCAGCUACAAACACAAAAGGAGAAGAUAGGCUCACAAGAGCAACUCAUAUCAGAGCUGUUGGAGAAGACCUCUGCAAAUGAUGGAAGAUCAACACGUGGACGGUCAAAACGAGGACGUACUGCGACAGCUAGUGUGACCACUGAUGAUGAACUGGCCAAAGAGAUAGAUGACCUCAGAAAACAGGUGAUUUGGGAUUUCCGUUACCUUGGGUGUAUCACGGAACAACUGAGCAGAAAAAAUUCUACUGUACAGUUGGACACUAUGGUUGAAGCCAAAGACCACAUAAUUGGAGAUCUCAAGUGUGCUAACAAAGAAUUACAACAUCAGCUUUCCAUGAUGCAGGAACAGCUUAAGAAACAGAAUCAAGGGAUAACUGUGAAACAAGAGUUGAUGUCUCCACCAUCUUCUUCUACUGAUGAGGCUCUUGCUGCCCCAGUAUUUGACAACGACAAUGAUCACUCAGUUCAUCUUGAAAUAGAUGUCACACCACUGAAAAAAAAAACAUCAAAGCGAACUCGGGCUACAACUAAACGAGGAAGUAAAAGAAAGAAUCCUGAUGAGGAAAAUGAAUUAAAUGUUAAUGUUAAAGAAGAACUAUGUGAUGUCCCUGUGAAAACAACAAGGAGACGAAAAGUUAAGACGAGUGCUAAAGAGACUGUAUAUGAUGAAGAAGUUGAGCCACAGAGUCCAGCAAAGAGAUCAAACUUUGAAAGCCAUGACUCUCAUAAUGCAGAGGAAAGUAACACAAAGCGUCCAGCCUUGACUAAGAUUGGAGAUUACAUUCAAAACUCCCCACUUGGCAAAUCAGCAUCACCUCCCACCUCUCCAGCCAAGAAGUUGAUGGAUGCGGCAGCAAGUUAUACUACACAUGAGCCAGAGUUGCCUCCCAAAGCCUUGACUGUUGCAGAGAAGAAACGAGCUGGCAAGAGAAGAUUGUACAAGACAGAUAUCUCAGCACCUAUGGAGUGCCCUCUAGAGUCUGAGCAAAUUUCUGAGAAAAAAACAGUUGAUAGUUCUCAUACAAUCGUUACAAGAAAACUGCGUUCCCGUUCCCGUGCUGUUAAAUAUUAG